CACAGAGUGAAACAGUCGGUUGCGGCGUGUGGUUGCAUGCGUCUCUCUCGUUCUGGAGUAGUGUGUGCAGUUUGCUUUUUACAUCUAAUAAUGUAUGUGCAUGUUGCUGUUUUCACGGGUGAAUGGCGUAAAGACAUGAUUAUGCUGUUGAUUCAACUGUUUUGGAUCGUCCCGCAUUUUGCAGCCUCCUUCACAGUCGAAGUACCAUCCAGUCCUGUUCUUGUGGUGCGUGGAGAGACUGCUUUUCUGCCUUGUGAAUUUGUUCCAGACCAUAACCUUACCCACCUGGUGAUCACCUGGCAACGACAGGAAGACAUCCGGGUGGUUCACAGCUAUUACUACCAGAGGGACCAGCUAGAUCGACAAAGCUCAGAUUACCUUAACCGUACAAAGUUAAAUCACAAGCUAAUUGCAAAAGGAAUUGCGUCCCUGAGUAUAACAAAUUUUGGAUUGAAGGAUGCAGGCAAAUAUCAGUGCAUAGUGAGCAACACCAAAGGAACUGAUAGAGGAGUGGUACAGCUGGUAUAUGCAGCCUUAUAUUCAGAGCCAAGGUUAAGCAUCCAUCUGAAUUCCAAAGAUGUCACCAUCCAGUACGAGACAGAGGGCUACCCUAAGCCAGAGGUCAUGUGGCUGGGGUCGGGGGGUCAGAAUCUCAGUGACCAUCAGGAGGUCUCUUCUACCUCAGAUGAAGGACUCUACUUCUUAAGAAGCAGUUAUGUGACACAGAAUCCAGCAUUUAAUGUCACAUUCACUCUAAAAAACCCUGUUGCCCAUCAGGAACUCCAAAGGAAUGUUAUCAUCAGCUAUGAUGGGAACACAAGCUCCAAUACAUCAGUUGUGCUUCUCUCCAUACUGUGUACUAUCCUUCUGUGCUCCACUGGUGUGUUAUUUUGGCGGCACUGGCACGGCAAGUGUUUAUCUCGUGCUUUACUGGACACAUCUACAGCAUUGCGCUCAUGAUUUAUGAACACUAACUACUGCAAAAACAACUGAAAUCAUUCAGCGGCUCCAACAUGAAGUUUUGUAUUUCAUUUAUUUGCAGCUUUUAUUGUAUUUUACUUCUGCUCUAACAAGCUUUAUGUAAAUUAGGUGUAGAAGACAAUCUCGAUUACAUUUAAAGUUGAAGUGUGUGAUUUCAGUGCCACUAGUGGCACCAAACUGCAGACUGGGCCGGACAUGACAAUAUUGGCUCAGCCAUUGGGGCGAGUUUGGGGCAGGACCUUUUUGUUGACAAAGGUGAACGGGAUAAGUGUUUGAACCUUGAUUGUUUGCAUGAGGUUUUUGUCAGAGACGCUAAGUAUUACUUUAACUUGAUACUCAACAGUAUGAAAUUAGAUUUUAAUGAUGGUUCUUGUUUUUUUCACUUCAUUAACUUACAAAAGUAUAAACCAGAUAAUGUAUAAUUUUGACUGAAAAUGUAAAGCUUGUUUUUAUUUAAUGUUUUAUACAGCAAAACAGUUAUUUUGAAAUAGCAAACAAUAAAAAAUAAUGAAAGACAACCUAAAAUAUACAGGUUUUCAGCUAUGUAAACACAUCUGCAUCACAAGUUUACAAAAUUACAUUCCCCAUAUAUUCAUUACACAUGGAGGGUACUAUCUUUUAAAAUCAUGUCAAAUAAAUAGAAGAC